AUAAUUUUCUAUGUGGCGUUUUUAAAGGGAGCAAAUUUUUCUGUUUAUUUUCCCCCAAUUAGUAUAAAUUGUGUACUUUGGGGUUUAAUGUGAAAGAUUUUUUUCAGAAAAUAGAGGAUUAUUAGUUUACGUAAUCUGGAUGGAAUAAAUACACAGUUAUUAAUUUAACAUAAAUCCAGUAUUUUCCAACUUCUAAUCCACAGAGUGAGUACAGACCGCUUUGGAGUUGCCUUUGAGAAACCAGCCCCUUCAGAAUGGAUGGAAAACAACAGCAGUCUGCUAUGGAUGUCGAACAAAAUACAGCUGAGCUGUUACCCAGAAAUCCGUAUUGUUCAAAUGAAGGAACACACUGUGAUUGUAGAUUGCCUCAUGUGACCUUCCAGCCGCAGUUGGUUACAGCAAAACCACGGUCACUCUGGAAAACAUUUCUGGUGUGUCUGUUGGCCUGUCUAAUUGCUACAGCCCUCAUUGUUCUGGUCUUAUAUUUUGUCCACUUUGGCAAGCCCACCACCGGUACCACCAUCAUCAUUCAUGCAGAUGGACAGUCCAGUCAUGUCACCUGCAUCCCUGGUUUUACCCCAUCUCCUGCUUCAUCGUCCCUGCCUGGAUCUCAGGGUACCCUGCCUUCUAUCUCUGUGACGAACCAAAGCUCCCCUACCACAGUGCCUCCAUCUACCAUGGAGAUGACUAAAACCACAGAGGAACAUGAAGUUAUCAUUGAAGAUUAAUAACAAUAUUUUUGAGCCCUCAGCCCUCUUCAAAUUGGAUCAACACUCAUACUCUGAAGGAAGCAUGUCCAACUUGUUCUGUCCUCGUUGCCAAGAGAUUCUAAAAUAUUUGACUUCAUGAGAUCUUGCCCCUCUUACUCAAUCAUUUGCUGGAUUCCCAUAUGGUGAUGAUUCAGUCUUGGGCAUGUCAAUGUUCAAAUGAUCGAAAAAGAAAAAUGUCAGCUGAGCCUGGUUGACUCAUCCGGGCUGAGACUCAGAGUUUUUUCUUUGUCUCUCAUGUUCAGUCAAUCUCAUUUAUCACUAAUGAAGAUUUCCACUGCUGAAGAGGCUGUCAUGUAGACCCUGCUCUA